AGUCUUGUUUAAGACUUUGCACGAAACUAAAGGUAUUUCCGGGUGUUGAGUGAGAAAAAAAAAGGAAAUUUUUAUUUAAGAAUAUAUUGACCUUUGAGGCAAUGAACUUUUAAUUGAAGCAAAAAUUAUUGUUGUAACAAUAAAACAUUGACCGGUAUAUUAUUUUUGUUUGUGUGUUAUUAAAGGCAUGAUUACGGGAGCUGAAGGCCGGCAAAAUCACACGUUAUUGGAUAUAAAGAAACAACAAUGGGCUAAAGAAAAGGAGGAGAUUGCCAAAUUGGAUGAAAUGUUUUCUUCAUCUAUGCAGUCAUCAUCUUCCACACAUCAUCACCAGAAAAUAGAACGCACUUCCAUACGCACUUAUUACUCAAAUCUGGACCUGAGUCAGACCUCUAAAAGAAGCUCACGUCAACAUUUAUAUCAACAACAACAACAGCAGCAACAACAACAACAGCAAUCCUACAACAAUAAUAUGCAAACGUCUAACAACAGAAAUCCCAAACCAAGACCUCAACUCCAACAAUCACAGCCAGCAGUAGAUAACCAGUUGGUGAAACGAGGACCAAGUUAUGAUUACAUGAAUAAUUAUAUCGAUCGAGAUGAUGAAGACUUUUUAGAUGAUCUGGGUCAUGAAGCAGAUCUUGAGGAUGAUUUACAGCCUUAUAUGAAAAUGAGAAGGAACAGUCAACAUCCAGGAAGAGCGCCUUUAUUAAAUCAACGUCAUAAUACAACUAGUAUGAUGUCGCAACAACCUGGACAACGUAAAUAUUCUUAUGUGGAACUUAUGCCCAAUACUUUGCAAACAGCCAAGGGUAGAAUACAAAAUCAAAAUACACAUAUGCAACGUAUACGUAGUCCUAGUUUGCCUGUCAUACGUCACCGGGGUGAUUAUUUUACCUAUAAUCAACAGCAGCAGCAGCAACAACAACAGCAGCAGCAGGAUAAAAUUCCUUUAAAGUUAGCUAUAAACCCACAUAAUACACAACUUAUUAGUGUGGAUCCUGGUAACCAGCAGCAACAACAACAACAACACCAUCAUCGACUAAACAAUCAGUUACAGGUAUUACCAGGGAAUCCAGCGAAUGGUUGCCAGGAAGAAGACACUUCAGGCUAUUUAAGUGAUUCUCCUAAAAAUAUACACACCCCCAAUAUUUGGUUUAAUGAUGGCGCUAGUCAGGUGGAGAGUGUAGCAAGUGCUAUUGACAGCAACAGUUUAAUAUCGGCAGAAGGUUUAGAAUACAUGGGCAGAAGAAGUAAAAGAUCAAUAAUAAAUCAACAGCAACAACAGCAGCAAUUGUUGAGGACGGUGAAAGGUCAACAAACUCAAAAUGACGAACAAAUUCUAAAUAAAACUUAUAUUGUUAAGGGGAGAAGAGGUUCACAGCAACAGCAACACCAACAGCUAGUGGUGGCCUAUGAUAAUGAUGAUUGUUUGGAGUUACAGCAAAAUGUAAAAGGUUAUCAGCAGGGAGGUUUCUAUGAGUCCUCUAAUUCUCCUUCUACUCCGAACCGUGAUGUGUCCACUUCGAAUACUUAUCAAAUACAUCAUACUGAUGAAUCGGAAAUUUACACCCAACAUACCCAAGAGGAACGUGAACGAGCCAAAUGGUGUUAUAAUCAGACACAAGAUAGUCACAGUAAACAUUUGCAACAACAAUGUGGUCCAGGAUGGCUAAGUCGUGGUCUCCAUGAUUUAAAGGAUAGUGAAGAUGAUACUCAAUCUCUGCAAUCUUCUUGCUAUCUUAGAGGACAAAAUGCUCCCAUAGAACCUCACGUAAUGGCCGAACGUUUGGAUAAAAAACGCAAGGCUGCUGAGUAUCACAUGGCCAUCAAGCAGCAGUUACAAGAAAGAGAAUCCAUGCGACGAUGGGAAUUGGAGAGACAUAGACAAGAAGAGCAAAUGGAGGAAGAGCGUGUAAGAAAGCAAAAGCAAAUGGAGCAGGAACGUUUGGAUAUGGAAAGGAGGCAGCAAUUAGAAAAGGAAGAAAUGCAAAAGAGAAAACAACAAGCCAUGCUAGAUGCCAUAGCUAAGGCUGAACAGGCUGCCAAAAUGGAAAAACUAAAGAAAAGAAAUAGGAAGCUACAACAGGAGAAAGAUGAAAGUCAAGACAGGGUAAACAAUGAAGCUGUACGGACUGAAGAAUCUAGAGCAGAAAAUCCCAAAGAAUUAUUAAAAGUUCUGUCCAUAGAUGCAGAAGAAGAUCAACCAAAGGUGUUACAACAACCAAAGGAAACACCAAUCCACACAGAACCUGAAAAGGAAUCACAGCAGCAAGAGGAAAAGGUUUUAAUUGGCACUCCCAUUAAUCUUAGAAGAGCCUUCAGUAAACCCAUUACUCCUACUCCUACUACAGACACUAUGAAACAACCUAAUCCAGCAGGAGAAAAUGUAGUUAUCAUGCAACCUGCUACACUUAUACCACUGCCAGUUACUUCGGAUAUUUUGGGACUACAGACGGCUAUAGGUAAUCUACAAAUUGCCACUUAUCUAAUGCAGCAGCAUCUUAAACCUACAACAGCAGCCUCAACAACAGACGACUUUUCUAAAACAACAGGAGGAGCUUAUACCCAAAGGACAGAUACUUCCAUUUACACCGAAGAUGGUUAUCAACCGGAUAAGGUGGAAGACAUAGAGAAAGCUACCCAAACCGUCAACGAUCUAUUUGAAAACCGAGAAAAAACUCCGGAUAAUACUUUACGUGAAAGCUUGGGAAAACAAGUGGAAUUUGCAGAACCCGAAGAAGAUUCAAAUAAACUGGCUUUAAUACCCUUAACCAAUCGUCCCAAACAAACGCUCAGUGAAUCCUCAGAGGACUCAAAGGACCAACAAGACUCCAAAAUUAGUCAAGAUGUAGAGACACAAACGGAAUUACCGCUAAACUGUGAUCUAUGCUUGUUCCACGACAACUUUUAUAAAGUUUUACUUAAACGCGAAGUCUCUACUACCACCACAACUCAUACAGCCAAGACAAAAACCAAACCUGCCAAAGAAGCUGAUAAAGAUCAUGAAACUACUACCACUACUACGACCACAACUACCACUACUUUCAAGGCCAAAUCUAAAGAUAAAGACAAAAAACGUAACUCCAAAGAAGCACACAACAAAAUAGAUGAACGCCCUAAAUGGGGUGUUAAUCGACCCAUAGUGCAAUAUGUCAAGGCCAGCGAUCGUGAUCCCUUUUGUUUGCGCAACAAGAAAAAACAUUGUCAUACAGCUGCUAAUAGCAAACAUUCACGUUCUCAAUCGGUAGACUCAAGACUGGAUAAUCAUGCCAAAGAUUGUAAUGAUAAGGAGGAAAAUGAGCGUAAUAAUGAGAGUGAAACUUCCGCCGCCGAACAGGAAGGGUUUCUUCUAAAAGCACGUAAUGUUUGUACUGAAAUCCUACCCAUUAAGACGGAUGAGAAAGGAAGAAUAUUUCUGAAUUUUCGUGAAGCUAGUGCCAUAAUGAAUGAAGAUGAAAUUAAAGAGAAAUUGCGACAAAAAUACUUCAACUUUGGCAGAAUUUUACCACGACGUAGUUGGGCCUCAGCUACGCAACAUGCUGGUAUAAAUUAUACCAUUGCAGGAGUGGGGGAUAUAAAUGGAGAUUAAAGAAAGUAAGAUUUUUAUUAUAAAGUUUGGUUAUAUAUACAAUUAAAGUAGCAACAAUUUGUAAAAGUAAAAUUUUUGAAUAAAGAAACAUUUU